AUGGAAAAAUACAAUCCGAAAAAUUUUCCCAACGUAGAUUACAUCAUUCAUUGCUUUGGUAAAAAAGCUCCAGCAUAUACAGGUUUUAUCGCUUCAAAUGAGUUCAACCUGUAUAUUAAUAGACAUGAACCACUUUAAGAUUUGCUAGUUACAAAGAAUAAAUUCAUUGACAGACAUCCAAUAGCAUAAAAAAUAUUGAAAAAAGUAUUGGGAGAUAGUAUUCUCUUUAUGAAAUCAAAUGAUCUUUGGGCUUAGAAAAGAAAAAUACUUUCUGUAUCUCUUUACAAAUAAAAGCUUAUUUAAAUGGUUGAAACAAUGAAAUAAAUCGCUCUAGAAACUAAUUAAGAGUGGCAAUAGAGAGGAUAAAUUGAUAUCGUCAAAGAGAUUUCAAAUAUGAUGAUGAAGAAUGUACUGGCCUGUCUUUUUGGCAGAUAAAAUGAGAAUCCUAUAGUGCAGUACAAAGAAAACGGAAAAAUCAUUGAAAUUAAUUUAGGUGUAAGUUUAAUGAAAAGUAUUAGCAGAGGAUUUGAACGCGAACUUUAGUUGCAUAAUUUACUCUUCCCAGAGCUAAUAGAUUUCUACUUUACUUAAUUCGAUAAAGAGCUGGAAUUCAAUAUGAAACAAGUGGCAAAUUAUGUAUAAAAAGUGAUUGAUGAUAAAAGAAAGCUGAUAUCAGAAGGAACUGAUCUAAAUACUGAAGAUCUAUUAGGACUACUACUACAUGAUUAGCUUUUCUAGCGAAAUGAUAAAAUGAUAAUAGAUGAGUGUUUGGGACUUCUUGCAGCAGGAUCUCAAACAGUUGCUGUCUCCAUAACAAAUUUCCUAUGCUUCAUAUCCUUAAAUAAGGGGUCAGAACUAAAGCUUAAGUAAGAGCUAUGCAGCAAUCUCAAAAACUUUGGUGGAGACUUAAAAGCACUAACUUCUGAACUUAGUAUGGAGAAAGUUGAGGAUCUUGAAUAUUUUAAGAAUUGUUACUAUGAGACCCUCAGAUUAGAAAAUCCAAUUCCUGUGAGUUCAAGUUGCUCACUAAAUGAAGAUCAAGAGAUUAACGGAUUGAAGAUAUAAAAAGAUGAUAUGAUUAUAAUUAACAUCCACUAGAUCCAUCACAACUCAGAUUAAUGGAUUGAAGAUGAAAAGUAUAUUCCAGAGAGAUUUGAUAGGUCCUCAAAAUACUAUCUUACUCCAGCUGGUUAACCUAGACAUCCUAUGACUUUUAUUCCAUUCUCAGCAGGAAAGAGAGCAUGCCUUGGAAGAACUUUUACAGAUUAUGCAUUUAAAGUAAUAGUUCCCUUGCUUCUUAGUGGCAAUAAAUUUGAAUUUGUUGAUCCUGAGCAUUUGAUUAAAAAACCCCAAUAUGAUUCUUUUAUGUUUAAGAAGCCAGUCAUUGAAAUGAAAGUGCUUAAAUAAUGA